CAAUGUAAAUUUGUACAAAAUGAAUUAAAGACAGAAAAAAAGUAUCUAGAUAAGGAACAAAAUAUUUUUUUUUUAAACCAAAUCCAAACAUCGAAGCCGGCUUUUGCCGCGUACAGUGUGUACGCUACUGAUCGUUCGAACACAAGGAACACGGAAUUGAAACGAAUUGUCACUCACGUUGUUUCUAUGCGCGGGGUUAAAUGAUAAUAGCUAAUGAAAAUACAAGUAAUACAUUUAAACAGAAUCUUUAAACAUGUCUAAUAAAAAUAGUGUACUUCCUGUGACCAUUGAAUUCGGGGGUGGGGCGGAAUUACUUUUCGAUAAAAAGAAAAAACACGAGGUUAACUUACCUGGAGAUGAAUGGACUAUACAAAAGUUGCUAUUCUGGAUAAAGGAUAACCUUUUAAAAGAACGACCGGAACUGUUUUUACAGGGAGAUACCGUGCGGCCAGGAAUUUUGGUCCUCGUGAACGAUACUGACUGGGAAUUGUUGGGUGAAGGCAGUUACAAAUUAUGCUCCGGUGACACGGUACUCUUCAUAUCCACUUUGCACGGCGGAUAACAGAAGGCGUGGGCGAGCACCGUCGAAGAGGAUUCGCUGGAUCGUUCACGAUUUCAUCGAGGAAAGUGAAAGCUAGCCAGUUGCCUUUGUAUCGGGAGAAGGUGUGCGUACACUCGCACAGUGUCACAGAAUAAAAUGUUGAUUCGUACGAUGUACGUCUGGGACGUUCCACGUAACGACCAUAAUAUUACGACUGACACUUUGGCCGUUUUCCAAG